AUGGCCGCCCCUAGCAAUGACCAGCCCAAUGGCAUCACCAUCGCUGACCCUCUCCCCCCUCACUCCCUCUUCGACACCAUCCUCGUCCUCGACUUCGGCAGCCAAUACACCCACCUCAUCACCCGUCGAUUGCGCGAACUAAACAUCUACUCGGAAAUGCUCCCCUGCACACAAAAGCUUACCGAUCUCGACUUCAAACCAAAAGGUAUCAUCCUCUCCGGCGGCCCAUACUCGGUCUACGCCUCCGACGCACCACACGUCGACCCCAAUGUCUUCGAGCUUGGAGUGCCCGUGUUAGGAAUAUGUUAUGGCCUACAAGAAAUCGCCUGGCAUCACGGAAAAGACGUCGUGGCGGGGGAGAAGCGCGAAUACGGACACGCCGAACUCAACAUCCAUGCCAAUGGUUCAGAAGUCAGCAGAUUGUUCCAGGGUCUACCCAACAACACCGACGUCUGGAUGUCGCAUGGAGAUAAACUGGGUCGCAUGCCGGAGGAUUUCCAAACCAUAGCUACGAGUCCCAAUUCCCCCCACGCCGGGAUCGCGCAUGAAAAAAAGCAGAUUUACGGGAUACAAUUCCAUCCCGAAGUCACACAUACACCGCGUGGCGUCGAAGUGAUUAAGAACUUUGCGGCGGGGAUCUGUGGUGCGAAACAAGAUUGGACGAUGGAAGCGUUUAAAGAUAAAGAGGUAGCGCGAAUACGAAAACUGGUCGGAGAGAAGGCACAAGUGAUUGGAGCUGUAAGUGGUGGUGUGGACUCGACAGUAGCGGCGAAAUUAAUGCAAGAGGCUGUUGGUGCGAGGUUCCACGCUGUCAUGGUCGACAAUGGAGUCUUACGAAAGAACGAAGCAAAGCAAGUCAAGGAGACUCUAACACGAGGUCUGGGCGUGAACCUUACAGUCGUGGACGCAAGUGACCGGUUCUUGGACCGACUACAAGGCGUCGCGGACCCAGAGAAGAAGCGCAUAAUCAUCGGAAACACCUUCAUCGAGAUUUUCGAGGAGGAAGCGAAGCGCAUCGCAAAAGAAGCCGAAUCUACACCGCAUGCUGGACCCGUCGAGUGGUUCUUACAAGGGACAUUAUACCCCGAUGUCAUCGAAUCAAUCUCCUUCCGCGGCCCCUCCCAGACGAUAAAAACCCACCACAACGUCGGCGGCCUCCCGGAGAAAAUGAAACUCAAACUCAUCGAACCCCUGCGCGAACUCUUCAAGGAUGAAGUGCGAGCCAUGGGAAGGGAAAUGGGUAUCCCCCCCGACCUCGUCGGCCGCCACCCUUUCCCCGGCCCUGGUCUCGCCAUCCGUAUCCUGGGCGACGUGACCAGGGAGAAAGUGCGUGUAGUGCAGGAAGCGGAUCUGAUCUUCAUCGAGGAGAUCCGGAAGGCGGGGGUGUAUGAUGAGAUUUCGCAGGCUUUCGCGGCGUUGAGUGGGGAUCGGGCGGUCGGGGUUGUGGGGGAUCAGAGGUUACAUGGGUAUUUGGUCUUUUUGCGGGCGGUCAGGACGACGGAUUUCAUGACUGCGACGGCUUAUGAGUUCCCGGCUGGGGUGCUGGCGAGGAUUGUUAAUCGGAUUGGGAAUGAGGUUGAGGGGGUGGCGAGGGUGUUGUAUGAAGUGACCAGCAAGCCGCCUUCGACCAUCGAGUUCGAGUAA